ACCAUACUUUGCCUCACUCGGCUACAAGGGCAGCUAUGUUGGUGAGAAUCAACACUCUUCUUCAAGGCUACUCGGGUAUUAGAUUUGAGAUUUUGGAAGCCAUUACCAAACUCUUGAAUCAUAACAUCACUCCGUGCUUGCCUCUUCGUGGGACCAUUACUGCUUCUGGAGAUCUUGUUCCUCUUUCUUACAUUGCUGGAUUACUCACUGGUCGACCAAAUUCUAAAGCAGUUGGUCCAAAUGGAGAAAGUCUUGAUGCAAAGGAGGCUUUCCUACAGGCUGGUAUUCCAUCCGGGUUCUUUGAGUUGCAACCUAAGGAAGGGUUGGCUCUUGUCAAUGGAACUGCCGUUGGUUCUGGGUUAGCUUCUAUUGUUCUCUUUGAGGCAAAUAUUUUGGCUGUUUUGUCCGAGAUUUUGUCUGCCAUAUUUGCUGAAGUUAUGCAAGGCAAACCUGAAUUUACUGAUCAUUUGACCCAUAAGCUGAAGCAUCAUCCUGGCCAAAUUGAGGCAGCUGCAAUUAUGGAACACAUUUUGGAAGGAAGUUCUUACAUGAAAACGGCCAAGAAGUUGCAUGAGAUGGAUCCUCUCCAAAAGCCUAAACAAGAUCGUUAUGCCCUUAGAACUUCACCCCAAUGGUUGGGUCCAUUGAUUGAAGUUAUUCGAUUCUCUACAAAAUCUAUUGAACGGGAGAUUAAUUCAGUCAACGACAACCCAUUGAUUGAUGUUUCAAGGAAUAAGGCUUUGCACGGAGGCAACUUCCAAGGAACUCCAAUUGGAGUCUCUAUGGACAAUACUCGUCUAGCUAUUGCUUCAAUUGGAAAGCUUCUUUUUGCUCAAUUCUCAGAGCUUGUCAAUGAUUUUUACAACAAUGGAUUACCCUCAAAUCUCUCUGCAAGCAGAAACCCAAGUUUGGAUUAUGGAUUCAAAGGUGCUGAGAUUGCCAUGGCUUCCUAUUGCUCUGAACUUCAAUAUCUAGCAAAUCCCGUAACUAGUCAUGUUCAAAGUGCUGAGCAACAUAAUCAAGAUGUCAACUCUCUUGGUUUGAUCUCUUCAAGGAAAACAGCUGAGGCAAUUGACAUUUUGAAGCUCAUGUCUUCCACAUUUUUGGUCGCUCUUUGUCAAGCAAUUGACUUGAGGCAUUUAGAAGAAAACUUGAAGAACACAGUUAAAAAUACAGUGAGCCAAGUGGCGAAGAAAGUCCUCACCACUAGCUCAAAUGGCACGCUUCAUCCUUCAAGAUUUUGUGAGAAAGAUUUACUCAAAGUAGUUGAUCGAGAAUACACUUUUGCUUACAUUGACGAUCCAUGCAGUGCUACUUAUCCACUGAUGCAAAAGUUGAGACAAGUUAUUGUUGAGCAUGCUUUGAAUAAUGGAGAGGACGAAAAAGACCAGGCUACUUCAAUCUUUCAAAAAAUUGGAGCAUUUGAAGAGGAAUUGAAAGCCAUUUUGCCCAAAGAAGUGGAAAGUGUGAGAUUGGCAUAUGAAAAUGGAGAUGCAACCAUUGAGAACCAAAUUAAGGAAUGCAGAUCUUACCCAUUAUACAAGUUUGUGAGGGAAGAGUUGGGCACUAAAUUGCUAACCGGAGAGAAGGUUGUAUCUCCAGGAGAAGAGUGCGAAAAGGUUUUCACUGCAUUGUGCCAAGGAAAAAUGAUUGAUCCAAUUUUAGAAUGCUUGAAGGAAUGGAAUGGCACACCAAUUCCCAUAUGCUAAUGCAUUAAGAGGAGUUAGACCAUACACGAUUAUAAACUUAAAAAUAAUGUCAUAUUUGUUUUUGUUAUUUUUUUUAAUCUUCAUUUCAUUUUGUUUCCAUCAAAGUUCAAGUAUAAAAAAUUGUACUUGUGAGAAUUUUCAAGAAAUAUACUUGUUUCAAUUUAUAAA